UCCCGCCAUCAUAGCGCAGCUGCUGCGUCGCGCGCUACGCUGUCAACAACAGAAUAACGACGGCCACCGCGUGCCGGCAGCCGGGCUACAGCCGUUCAUACACAAACCCCGGCAGAACACGGACCUUAUUCACAAGGCGUGAGUGGGCAGGUGGAGGCGGACUGUUGUGUGGCCAUGGCAGCCACGGUGCCCAAGCUGUGCCCCGCCGGGCCGGUCCGCAUCCGCAUCUGCAGCCUGGAGCUGGGGACCACCAGAUGGAAAGAAGGCAGCUUUGAGAUCCAUGAGAAGGACAGCAAAGUCCACCUCUGUUUGAAGUUCAACAGCGGUGGUGCCCCCAAAGUCUUUCAGCUAAACCAAAAUGUGAAGAAUGUAGUGUUGGGUCCUAUGCAGAGUCAGAUAAGACUUGUGGUGACACUGAAGGACUCCAGUGUUGUCACCUUGGAUAAAAUGCCUGUUGUAUUGGCUCAAAAACUGAAGGAGUACCUUGAUAAGUUAAAACAAGGCAAACAGACAGUUCUAAAAACUACCCAAGGAAGUGCAGGUUUAGGGGGUGUUCUUGGGAACAGAUCCAUAAAGAAUGACUCCAGCCAGCACCUGCCUUCUGCUGAGAGACAGACGGCACAGAGGCGAGCGAGCUUGGAUAGCAGAGAGGAGAGCAGCCCUCGCAAGCCCCUGGCCAGCCCCAGCAGAGUCUCCGCCCCCCUGCGCAGCGGCCUCUCGGAGAACAGAAGUGAGAAAAGGAAGAGGCCGCUGGCCUCAGAGAGCGACCUGAGCGAGGACUACCCUAAGGAGAACGACUCCUCCAGCAAUAACAAGGCCACUGCAGACCCAUCCCGGAAGUUUUUGCUGGGCUGCAAGGAGAAGCUGAAGCACUCUGAAGAGAACAGGAGCUCAGGUCCAGCUCCGCUUCAGCCAUCAUCAUUCUAUAGCAGCAGAUCUGUUUCUAAGGACUACUCGCAGAGCCACUCCUUCCUGGAUAGGCCAUCCAGUACAAGCCAGUCCCCGUGUUCCAAAAGGAGCCUGCUGUUUCCCAGCCACUCAACGCCGUUUAAGAAAGUGCGCCCCAGCCUGGACUACAGCGGCUGGAACAAGUCGCGCCCAUCCGCCCUGUCCCAGCCCCAGCCGCCGCUGCAGGGAUUCUCCAACCUGGGAAACACCUGCUACAUGAAUGCCAUCCUGCAGUCACUCUUCAGCUUGCAGACCUUCUCCAACGACCUGCUGAAACAGGGCAUCCCCUGGAAGAAGGUGCCGGGGAACGCCCUUCUCAGGCGGUUUGCCCACCUGCUGGCUAAGAAGGACAUCUGCAGCCCUGAGAUGAAGAAGGACCUGCUGAGGAGAGUGAAGAGUGCUAUCUCCUCCACAGCCGAGCGCUUCUCUGGGUACAUGCAGAACGACGCUCAUGAGUUCCUCAGCCAGUGUCUGGAUCAGCUGAAGGAGGAUGUGGAGAAGGUGAACAAGAGCUGGAAGAACGAUGUGCAGUCGUGGGAGGAGCCUCAGGGCUCACGGCUGGGGGCGGAGCCUCAGGGCUCAAGACUGGGGGCGGAGCCUCAGGGCUCAAGACUGGGGGCGGAGCCUCAGGGCUCGCGGCUGGGGGAGGAGCCUGACCCCUCCCGCAUUUACACAUGCCCAGUGGCGGCCAACAUGGAGUUCGAAGUUCAGCACACCAUUAGCUGUAAAGAUUGUGGAGAGAUUGUUACGAAGCGAGAGCAGUUCAACGAUCUGUCUAUCGACCUGCCACGCAGAAAGAAGACUCGUCCUCUACGAUCCAUACAGGACUCUCUGGAUCUCUUUUUCAGGAUGGAGGAGAUUGAGUAUUCCUGCGAAAAAUGCAGUGGGAAAUCAGCCACUGUGACACACAAGUUCAGCAGACUCCCCAGGGUGCUGAUCCUGCAUCUGAAACGGUACAGCUACAACACCCAGCUGUCCCUCAACAGCAAGCUGGGACAGCAGGUGCUCAUACCCAAAUACCUCACGCUGCUGUCCCACUGCAGCGACUCCACGCGGCCGCCGCUCAGCCUGGGCUGGAGCCCGCACGCAGCCGUGUCACGGACUCUGAAAACCUCUCAGACCCUGAACUCCUCUGCGCUCUUAAGGAAAAGCUCUCUGAAGGCAGCCAGCUCCAGCAGCAUUCUGCUGGACUCCGACAGUGAGGAGGAGCUGCCCAGGAAAGCGGCCAGCCGGAGGCGCAGGCUGAGCGACUGUCUGGCGGACGAUGAGAGGACCGAAAAGGUGCCGCGGGGGGUGCAGGUGGAGCAGCAGGACUACAGCGCGAUCAACGAUGAUGAGAUGCUGGCGGCGGUGCUGGAGAUGAGCCGCCAUGAGGUGGCGCUCUCGGGCUCCUCGGAGGACGAGCCCACCAGCAGCCCUGACACCGGGUUCGGGGACGCUGACACUCAGGACCUCAGUCAGCACAUGGAUCUCCUGGAAGCAGACAAGCCUGCAGAUGUGCUGGACUCGCUGGACCUGACCAAGGACCUGGAUGAGAACAAGGAGAACCAGACACCAGAUGGAGGCCAGGGGGAGCUGGACUGGAUGCAGCAGUACAGUCUGGAUCAGGAGAGGGAGGAGCAAGAGCUGCAGCAGGCCCUGGCCCAGAGCCUGCAGGAGCAGGAGGCUCGGGAAAUGAAGGAGGAUGAUGACCUUAAAAGGGCCACCGAGCUCAGCCUGCAAGAGUUCACCAACUCUUUGCCGGAGCUGCUGUGCUCUGAUGAGGACUCUGGGAACGAGGACGUCCUCGACAUGGAGUACAGCGAGGCCGAGGCCGAGGCCCUGCGGAGAAAUGCUGAGAGUGGUGAACUGGCCAACUCAUUCCGGCUCAUCAGUGUGGUCAGCCACAUCGGCAGCAGCUCCUCCUCAGGCCAUUACAUCAGCGACGUGUACGACAUGAAGAAGCAGGCCUGGCUCACCUACAACGACCUGGAUGUGUCGCGCACGCAGGAGUGUGCUGUGCAGAGAGAGAGAGAUCGCAGCGGGUACAUCUUCUUCUACAUGCACAAGGACGUGUUUGAGGAGCUCGCUGAGCUGGAGAGGACAGGGGCGAGCAGCGACACUGGGAGGACUGUGCUGCAGCCCCUCUGAAGAGCUGACCAUCAGCUGGGAUGGAUGUCUGUGGUGAAUGGAUAAUUGUAGAAUUCGGGGAUUUAAGUGAAAAUCAUUUUUCCUGUACUACUGAUCACCGUCCACCCUCCUACACUUCAAGCACUUUGUUACUGAACUUACCUGCACCUGCUUCCAUUCCUGCAGGCCAGCCUUCCCCUCAGCUUUGCGUUCUGUUCCCGACCCUCGAGGAAACCACGCGCAGCGGGAUACGAAGGCUUUAAAAGCAGGGUUCGCACCGUGUCUGAGGGUUGUGUGUACAUUCAACUGGAAUUAAAUUAGCCAUGAACCUUUGGGACUUAAGUUUUUUUUUUUUUUUUUUUUUCUCUUUCUUCAUUUUUGCUGAAUAUUACUUUAACAAAAUUACUUACUAUCCUUAAGAGAUCAAGAUUGUCUUGACACAACAAAUAUAAAUUAGUCCUCCUGCAUUUUUCCCCUUUACAGUUUUUAAUUUGUAAUUUGCGGUUUGAUUAAUGGCUUAUUCUGACACAUGGAGAAGCGUAUGCCAAGUGUGGGAAUGAGUUGGCAGGAGGGCCUUCUGUUUGAUAUGCAGCCUAAUGAAAGUGGUGCAAUACUUUGUCCUGUGGUGGUAACAUGCCAGUGGGCUUUUAUUUCUUCUAUGUUUGUCCCGUACAGCUCGGUAUGAAUGGGUUUCACUUUCUUUCUGGAGCUAUUGUAGGACUGCAGUUUGAAUGUUUGCUGUUCUUCUCAUUUAAAUGUUUUAUUCGUUACAUAAACUUCCUCUAACAAACCAAUUCUUCAUGAAAUAGCUUGUCUUUUGUAAGAACGUUUUGUAUCCCAGGGGCUGAUUUUCACUGGACAUCCCUACUGCAUCUCCGUUUAUCUCCCGGUAAAAUACCAGUAGUUUUUUUUUUUUUCCUACAGAGCUUUACUUUGUGAAAAUUAUACAACCAAACGUUGGUUCGAAUGUAUUCAGAACUCAGAAAAUAACUUAGAUGACAUUUUUUAUAAGAGGUUUCUAUCUUGAAUAGGCUUUACUUAUAAAGCCUAUAUAUUAACUAUUUAUUUUAGAGACGGUUUCCAUGUUUACAGUGCGACUUGCCUAAGCAUCCUACGUGGCCAGUAUUCAGAUCUUUGGAGUUUUAUUAGCAAACUUCUUAACUGCCGUUUUUGGACCGGGUUGUCACUGCCUUGCUCACACUCAGCAGAAAGAAUGAUGGGUUACCUGGGGUCACCUGAAGAACUGUGUGUUUGAUAUGUUAAGAUUUCAGUGCUGUUUAAAGCUAUGCUCACACUACCUGCCAGGCAUCCGGUAUUUUACUCCAAAAGUGAAUUUUAAAAUAAAAUAACUUGGGGAAAA